AUGAAGAUACAGUAUCACCUGUUGCUGUUGACGUUCCUCCUGUCGGAAGACGUACUUUGUAAUAACAGCGGUUAUGAAGAUGUAAAGGGUAUCUCCGCGGAAGUGAAGAAGGGGAGUGGUGGUGCUGGAAGUGAUUACCUGGCCACUGGUGGAAAAAAGGCGUUAUGGCCAUGGAAUGGAAACGACAAAAAAGGACAUGAAAACAAGAGUAGCAAAGACGAGGACGGACUCCUGUCCUCGCUACUCGGCUCAGUCAAACGAUUGCUCCCUUUUAAUGAAAAAGGAAUUCAAAACAAUGUCCAAGGGAUCAGUGACAAUGUAGUAGACAUGAAAGAUGCAAUGAUAAAAAAUUCUUCCAACUUGGUUAAACAUGCAAAUAAAUUAAAAGAAGAAAUACAAAAAAACACAGCCUACUGGGCCAACGUGGUUAAAACGACUGUGAGUGAGGAGCUCCAUCACAUUGACCAAUUCAGCAAGGAGCAGUUAGACAAACUAAAAAAGGAUCCUGAACAUAAAAAUUUUUUCACCAAACUGUUCAGCGGGGAUAGUGCGGCGGCCGAUGUGUCCUCCGUGUCUUCCUCCUCCGCCUCUAACAAGGAGACGGAAAUGAAAAAUGCACAAGGUGCUGUUGGGUCCAAGGCACCACCUGGACAUGACGACGCUGAGGUGGAGAAUGAAGAAAAAGCGAAAUCGUUUUGGGAUUUCCUGCACACAGGGGCAGGUGGUAAUGCAUCCCCUGCAACAGAUGAGAAGGAACCCAGUACAGGCUUCCUACGUAUGUUUAAGACAGACAAAAAUAAACCCAGUAGCGUCACACACAAUAAGGAGUCCUUCUCGUGGUUUUCUACACACUCUUCUGAGGAUGGAUCAGCCACACAACAGAAUCAUCCCGAUAAUGAAAAGGAGAAGAAGCAAGGAUUUACUUUUAACAUUUUCAACAGUAAGGAUAGCAGUCAGGAGUCCCGUUCUGUGCCCCACUCAAAUACAAAUGAUAAAGGAAUUUUUACUCAGUGGUUCAAUCCUCCCACCGCUAAGGGAACAAACAAGGAUGAGCACUUGCCGCAGAAAGAACAAUCGGGGGGAAUGACACAGGACUCGGUUAAUGACUCUCAACAUGUAGAAGUGCACGAGGGGGAAAAACAAAAAAAAAACUUCUCCCUCCUCAACAUGUGGAAGGCCACACAUAAAGAGAAAGACGCAGAGGAACAGAACAACGGCGAAGUGGACACGGACGUAGGAAGCAACAUGAGUCAGGUGACCGAGGGGGAGGGCAGCGAUGAAGAAAGUACAAAGGGAGGAAGUUUCUUUUUUAACCCUUUUGAAGGUUUAGGGUUCAAGUCCAAGGGCGAAUCAUCUCACACUAAAGACACAGCUCCGGGAAAAACAAAUAUCGCAGAAGGAAUGUCACACGCAGAUUUAAGCAAAGGGAAUAAUUACCUGGUGGACCUCAUGAAGAAUGUUUACGAGGGAAAGAAUGAUGAAACAGGUGAACAGGCGCAACAAAUAUUAUCCUUUAUGCAUACGAAGCAUGAACACGAUGCUAAUACCAACUGCCACCCAUUAGUAUCCUUCAAGGUAUGUCUGAACACAUGCUUCAAUGUACCUUCAGCAAUGGAAGGAGGAAGCAGCGAUGGGUCUAAUGAACACAAGAAGAAAAAUUUAUCCGCUGGUGAUUAUAAAAAGCUAGAAGCAUGUAUCCUGAAAUGCAAAAAUACAAAUUUGAGUGAGCAAGCUCCGGGGUGCGCAAACAAAGAUGGUUCCGUUACCACUAGUGAUAAAACAAAUUACGAAGAAAAAAUAAAGAAUUUGAAACAGAAUAAUUAUACAUUGGGGGAACAGUCCUCUGUGUUCUCCGAUUUGACCACACAUGAUAAAUAUGCGGAAGGGGAGACGCCCUCACAUAAGUCCAGCUGGGUCAUGGGUGCUUCUGGAACAGAUAACGCUGGGGAUGAAACAGAGGUGCAAAAUGGUUCUCGUACAUUUCCCACACUGGCUGAUGGUAAGCUCGGAGCUCACUUGUACAGUGUGGAUUCUAGCAACACGGGUGGUCAUAACAAGGAACCCACCACUGACGGGAACAAGCACAGCAUGGUUGGCGAGAACUCUUUUAGCUUCUUUAAAGCCUUUGCACCCCAAACGGGUUCUACGUCUGAUGGUGUGAACACCCACGGGGCAACCAAUCCGUUGGGUGCACCUCAUAAUGACAAUAAUAACAAGGCGGGCACAGAAGGCGCAGCGGCCAAUUUAACUGCGGCAGGUGUGCACGGGGAGGACCUUGAAGGGGCAAUACAUGGUAGUGGCAGUGGUGGGGGUAGCGGUGAUGGGGACACUGAUGAUGAGGACGACUGGAACGACUUCAGUUACAUAUCGCAGGCAUUAUUCCUGCUCCUCCUGCUGGUCACCUUCUUUGUCUACCUCUCCGCCUUCACCAACAUAAUCACCCAAUUCUAUGUGUCGUUCAAGGAGAAGGUGUGCCUUUACAUAAAGGGGCAGUAUAGGUCCCCGUUCGACCAGGCACAUGGAGAAUCCGCCGAGGCCUUCUUGCCCAAGGGGCUCCAUUCCUACGGCAACGCCAGCGUCCAUGGCUCCUACGACAACUUAUGCCUCAAAUAUGUUUACACUCUUCUCCACUCCUCGCUGGAACGACAGAAUGAAUAG